AUGAUCCUGAGGGAAGGGUCUUUUCUGUGGUACCUUUACCUGGACAAAAUCUACUGCUUACUGUCUUUGAGAAAUGUGAAGGCCUUGAUGGAGUAUUUUCACCUUCUGGACGCACAUCACAGGAACACCUUGAAUGAUGUGCUGUUCUUUCAUUUCCUCCACCACGUGACUAACCUGAAAGUCACACAGAUCAAGAUAGUAUUUGAUAUGCUGGACUGGACGGCUAUAGGAGAGAUUGGUUUUGACCAGUUCUAUAUGUUGGUCUGCAUACUGCUGUCACAUCAGAACCGUCUGCAAGAUCAGUUUAUGUAUCGCCACUCCAGGGCAGUCUUUGACCUGCUUGAUCUGAAUGGGGAGUUGAAACUAGACGCAUCCCACUUCCAAAUGUACAGAUUUCUCUUCAAUAUCAAGAAACAGGAACUCCGAGACCUCUUCCAUGACUUUGACAUCACAGGCGACCAAAUGCUUGAUUACAAGGAAUUUAAACUGUACACAAUCUUCUGCACGGAGAAAUCCAUAGACAAGAAGAAGAGAAGAGAAAGACAGGAAGAGAGACAGAAAGAAAAAGACAAAGGGAAAGACAAAGAGAAGAUUCAUCAUUUAAGGAAGUUGUAUUCGUCUGUGUUCAGCAAUAAGAGUCUCCUAUGAUACAGAAGUGAGCAUGACUGAUUAAAAUUAACAUGGCCACAAUGAGGUAAAGCACCAAAGUUCUUUUUUUUUUAAUGUAUGUAUUAUGUAUGUAUCCAUUGAGACAUGGUCUCACAGU